GAGUGCGAUCUUUGCGCACUUAAUACUUGGCACUCUAGACCCAACCACACCUACACCUCGCCCAGCGUCAAGAGCCAGCUGGACUAUGUGCUGAUGAGAACCCACUCUGCAAACCAUCAAGCCAAGCUCGCUGCACCCCUGUAUGGCUUCCCGGUGGGAGCCUACCGCCAAACCAAUCACCACCCGGUGCAGGCUGUCAUUCAGCUGCUGCCAAUGGCAUACCGAGCUUCGCAGCCCAAGGCCGAAUUCCAUUUUGAUGCCGCGGCUCUGCAAUCAGCUGUCUCGCAACACUCAGAAUCGGCCCAGGCUUUGCAACAGGCAGUGGAGGUGAGACUAUCAGCCAUGCCCCAGGAGCAGGCCCUCUGCACAUCACAUGACUUGGUCAAUACCAUACUGCUCGAAGAGACCUGUCGUGCCUUUCCUCCAGCCAAAAGAGCUGACCAUAGAGUCAGUGCACAUCAGGGAUAUCGGGCCUCUGCUCGAGGCACCUGGCAGCUGCACCAUCAGCUGCGCCGAUCAGGCCUGCCAUCCCUCCGAAAUAUCUGGGCACGAUGGCGUCUGUAUGCACAGUUCAUGCGAGCCUCUGCCAUGCUUCGGAGACAAAGCAAAGAUCUCAAAAGACAAUUCCUGGAAGACCAAAUGCGCCAGGCCGAAGCAGCAGCCCGAAAAGGCAACCAUCGUGACCUCUUCCUGAUAGCUCGCAGGCUGGGACCCAAGAAAGCACAGGGGGUAUCCAGACUACAGGGUUCUGAUGGGCAGAUCUUGGACAGUUCAGCUGAGAUGGCAGCAAUCAUCAAACACAGCCAGACCACCUUUGCAUCCACCCCGGACACAACUGCCCUACAGCCAUUGCAGGAAGGCUUCGUGUUCUCGGCUGCCGAAUUGCAAGCAGGUCCAUGCUUCGAGCACCACUUCCGUCGCCAAUCGCCAGACCUGCUUGAGGGCAAUGUAGCUCACCACAUCCUGGCACACCUACAGCCCAUGCUUGACCACAUGCCACAGUUUGCAUACUGCGCGGGACGGGGUGUUAAUGAUGCCAUCCUCCGGGUUCAUUCCUACUUUGGUGAGGUUGAAGCACUGCAGCGGGGGCAGCUCGCCAACAGGUUCAAGAUGCAUCAGGGAGUAGAAGCCCUUCAUUGCCACGGAGGCCUCUGCCUAUCCCUGGACCUCAGCAGUGCAUUCGAUAGUGUAAGCAGGGACUUACUCAUACAAUCACUUCUGGACCAUCAGGUCCCUAGCGACCUCAUCAAUGUAGUCCAACAACUCCAUCGGGGUGCUAAAUACAUCUUCCGAACCUCCAAGGCCAGUGGUCAAGUGACCACCACCAACGGGAUAAAACAGGGAUGUAGGGCCGCCCCCACCCUUUGGGUUAGCUUCACACUUUCCGUGCUAGAGCAUCUUGCGCGGCAUCGUAGCCUCACCUGGGUCCAGAACAUUCUGACCCUCUUCGCUGACGAUUUCUGUGGUCACUGGACCAUCCGUUGCCUGCAGGACUGGAAGGCUGCGAUCUCCGACCUGACUCUCCUGAUGGAAACGCUGGAGACCUAUCAGCUUAAGGUCAACCUUCAGAAGAGAGCACUGCUUGUCAAUCUGAAAGGCAAGACAGCCAAGAAGCUUCUACGGCAGCACACCCGCCAGAAGGCGGGCGAAACUUUCUUGAUCUUGAAUGUCCACGGCCGAGAAUACCCAAUCAAAAUCAAGGAAUCACACACCUACCUUGGUACCAUCAUCUCGUACAGGGAUCGCAGGGACCUCAAUGUAGGCAUGUGCGUGCCAUCCUUCGGGAGCCGGUGCAUCUUCGCCACGUCAGAGGCUCUCCGCCGCAUGCUAGCGCACAGCCUCACCUUGCCAGAGGAGGAUGCCCCGGAGGACCACAGAGCUAAGCCCACAUUUCAUGCACAGGAACAUGCAGUGAAUGGACUACCUACUUGCAAGUUGUGUGACAGCAUGAAGCUUAGCCCUCCUUUGGAAGACAACCCAGCCAUGAGCCGCCCCGUGCAGGAGCUCGCGGCCCAAAACGCAGUGCCGCUGAUUACAGACUCUCUUUUCCUUGCCACGCUAGACUCCUGGGAUCAGCCACACCAGAUGGGAGAUCCAGAGUCGGAAAUCUUCGCACACUGCAUGCCCUCUGGGGCAGCGGAGACGGGAGACUCUCAGCUCCGCCUCAUCAGCAAACUGCUGCUGAAGCACGAAGAGCAACUCGCGGCUCUGAGGAAGGACACCCAGUUUGUCCUCUUCUUUCGGCAGGACGACAAGUCGAUCCUGCCCUCGCUCAUGAAUGUCUCGCGCGAGUGGAAGGUCAAGCAGGCAGCGGGGGAUCAAUCCAUCCAGUCGUCCCAGCGAACAGUUCUGAUCAACUGCUUACUGCGAGAAUCACUGGCCCGGGUUCAGCGAGUGGUGGCAACCGAACCAGGCAGGGAAUCCCUGAAGAAGGCAGAAUGGCUCACGAGCUCCAAUGCCUGGACCUACAUGAGGUGGUCUCCCAAGCUUCGCAAACUAGUGGCCGACGAGACCAAGGAGCCAUUGGUUCACGACGAAGCUGUGAGAAUCAUAACAGAGCUUCAGAAGUCGAUGCGGGGAGAGAUUAUCCACAAGUUUCAGAGCACCAUCAACUUAGCAAAGUUGGAGGAACAAGGAGCCCAGCAAGCCAUAUUCCACUUAGGGGUAUCCCUGCGUGGUUCCGAAGCCACGGAGGUCUACGAUCAUUUUCGCCAGCUGGCAGGGUCGUCGCUGACGAAUCUCGCAGGAUUCAGCAUGAAGGUGGACGACCAGAUGCGUCCACCCAUGGCGCAACAGCUCGCUCAGAUGACUUACGGGGGAGGUCACUACAAUGUUCUGAGUAUCGGGGAUGUCGUGCACCAUGUUCUGGAUGAUGCCAAGCCAAAAGAGCCAGCCAAUCAUGCAUUCCUUGAGAGCCUCAAGCAAGCCUUGAUAGCAAUGUCGGACGACAACGGGAUGAAUCACUUCUUGCUACGGAAGUACGGCGAUACAUGGACGGCAGCGCACCUCAGUCUGAUGGAGUAUCAGUUGAAGGAGCUCGAGGCACAGAUGAUGCUGAUGCAAAGGCAUGUGGACAACAUCCACUCCCAGAUGCAUACGCUACAGCUGCUAGUGCACCGUCAUGCGUACUUGUACAGCAAUCGGGUGACCAACAAAGCCAGACCGAACAAGGUAAGGAUCCUGGACAUGAUGGACUAG